AGAUAAUUAAAAGAACGUGGACUGUUCUGUAUCUAUGUACCGACAACAACAAUAGUGUUCUGUCUCUUCAACAUCUCCUCCGUUGAACUCAUUACAAGGAUCAUAUAAGUCUUCGUCUUCUAAAAGAUUUAUUUUGUUGAAAAUGCCGACCAAGUGCGAAAUCUUGUGCGAGAUCUUGAUCGCAGUCCUUCUUCCUCCUCUAGGAGUUUGCCUCAGGCGUGGCUGUUGCACUGUGGAGUUCUUGAUAUGCUUGGUCCUGACGAUCGUAGGAUACGUGCCAGGGAUAAUCUAUGCGCUUUACGUGAUUGUGUUCCAGAACCAAGAAGAGUAUUUCGAUGAAGCCAGACGCCCUCUCUACUACUCCGCUUGAUACCUGUCUAUAUCAGAAUCUGUUUUUUUUUCUUUGAGAACUGUUCACUCUUUGUACCCAAAUAAGUUGUUCUUUUUUAUUUUAUUAGUGUGUUGAAAUAGAUUUGAAAACUUUGUGUGUUUGACUGUUCCUUUCAUUCUUAGGUUAUAUUCACCUAGUUA